AUGAAUUCGUGGAUAAUUAUCGGGUUUCUACUAUUUGUCUUAUUCUCAAAUAUAAAUCUACUGCCGUUACCAUUUAAUCAAUAUGCAUAUAUGCUCGCACGAGAGAAGAUCAAACAACAUGAUCGAGCUGUUCAAGCGCAAAAUAAUCUAACUGCCAAGGAAAAAGUCGUGAAUUUAUAUUUAGAAGUUCUUCGUGCCAGAGAUUUUAUCGAUACAAAACAUUAUUUUUUUCCUGCACGACCAAUUGAAUCCGAAAUGGAGAACAUUACCAAUAGUCCAUUUUAUCAAUUUCUAACCCGAUUACCCAAAGGUGGCAAUCUGCAUCUACAUGAAUUUCAAGUUCUCGAUCGACGAAUCUUUCUCGAAUCGAUUGUUAAUUCUCCGGAAUAUAAUUUGUUAUAUAUAUGCGAUCAAACAUCUUGCGUAACGAAUAAAUAUUACUUAAAAUACUUUACGAAGAACGUUCCUAAUGGCUGGACAAAGGUGAAAAAUUCGAAUUGGACGAUAUCGGAUAUUGUUAAGAAAACAACACUAACUGGAAUGUUAAAUGAUCUUCAAACACCGUUGUAUCCAACAGAUACAGAGGCACGUUGGGAUUUAGCCAGUCAAUAUGGUGCUUUUCGUUUCUAUGCAGAUCUAGUAAAACAUAAUGCUACACGAUUUCGACAUAUGCAGUUGAUAUUAGAUCAAGCAUUGGAGGAUAACGUGCAGUUCUUAGAACUUCGUCGUGGAUUUUUUGGAAAUUUAUACUAUUUCGAUGAACAUGGUUUACAACAACCGAUAAAUGCGACGGAAGAACUGAAUUAUUUAUUAAAAUUUAAAAAAGACUAUAUAUCAAAACAUCCGAAGCUGAUUGACUUUCUCUUCAUUAUUUAUAGUUCAAGACGAUCAUCCAAAGAAGCGUUAAAGACUCAAAUCAAUAAUUUAAUCGAUCUCCAACGUUCAUUUCCCGAUUUCAUUCGUGGAUAUGAUAUGGUUGGCGAAGAAGAUCAAGGUUAUACAAUUCUAUUUCACAGUGAUAAUCUCCUUCAUGCAUUUAACUAUUCGCAACAUAGUAAUAACACAUUCAAUUUAUUAUUUCAUGCUGGAGAAACCAAUUGGCCAGAGGAACAUAUUCCAUCGAACUAUGGGGAUGGAGUUUCAACAUUUGAAAAUAUUUACGAUGCACUUGUUCUUCGGACACGUCGUAUUGGUCAUGGAUUGAGUUUAGCGAAACGACCAGAUAUGUUUGAGUACAUUCGUGAACGUCAAAUAGCCAUUGAAGUUUGUCCAACAAGUAAUCAAAUUCUUGGUAAACGAUGUUACAUUUACUUUCUGAUAGUUCAUCUGUAUCUAUUCGAUUUAGGUUAUGUUGCCGAUCUGCGUAAUCAUCCGGGUAUUGUUUAUCAUCGAAGUGGAAUACCAAUUGUUUUAGCUGGUGAUGAUCCAGGCAGUUUUGGUUAUAAUCAAUUGAGUGUCGAUUUUUAUUUGGCUACGAUGGCUUGGGGUUUAAGUCUGGCUGAUUUAAAACAAUUCGCAUGGAAUUCGAUUGAGUACAGUUCACUUCCCGAGAGAAAAAAACGUAAAGGUUUCCAAAAAUGGGAAUACCAAUGGAAUCGUUUUAUCGAUUCGUCUUACCGAGUAGCGUGCAAUCAAGUAUUUCCUGAUAUUAAGAUGAAUAUAUCAGAUAUGCUACCAGCAUACGGCCCGAAGAGUAAAUCCAUUAACGUGACGCUUUAUGGAUCUGGAUUUGAGUUGGCGAUAUGUAAAACUAUUAUUUGUAGAUUUGGAAAUCAAACAACACACGGAACUAUGGUUGAUCUAAAUGAAAUCAUUUGUUCAACACCGAUUCAACAAUAUAAUCUUUCAGAUGUUCCAAUUUCAUUAUUCAUUGAUAACAAAGUUGUUCCGUCUGGUUUGACAUAUACAUUUGUACCAUCGUUAUCUGUUAUCGAUGAUGGAACUUUAACAACGACAACUUCAUCAAUCGGCAGGAAGCUUGUGAUAUUUAGAAAAGAAUUCGUUUUAUUUGUAGCAAUCCUUUUUAUCGUUAGAUUGUAG